AUGGGUGGAAACGGACGGGGAAACAAUAUCGGAGGAAAUCAAUUUCAGUUUUUGGAUCCUACUAACAUAGGCGAUUUUGACACUAUCCAGAGAAAACUCAGACUUGGCACGGAAUUGUCCCCGGAUGAAAUGUUAGCCGCCGAGAAGUUCCCGGUUCUUAAGCAGUUGUUGGAUAGACUCAAGGAGAUGAAUCGCCAGAAAGAGUUGGAUAAGAUGAGAGAACAAGGAAAUAACGGCUUUAAUAAUGGUGGAAUUAAUAACGGAUUUAAUAAUGGUGGAAUUAAUAACGGGUUUAAUAAUGGUGGUAUUAAUAACGGUUUUAAUAAUGGGGCCAAUAAUAACGGUUUUAACCAUGGUGGCAAUAAUAACGGUUUUAAUAAUGGUGGCAAUAAUAACGGUUUUAAUAAUGGGGCAAAUAAUAACGGGUUCAAUAAUGGUGGAAAUGGCAAUAUUAAUAAUGGAUUUAAUAAUAAUCAUAAUGGUGGUUUCCCGAAUGUCAACGGUAAAGACAAUGGUAAUACAGGCUUCAAGGAUGAGGACACUGAUGGUGAUAAAACAAAGGUUCCUGUGAAUAGCAAGUGGAGCAAGCUGAAGAAGAGGAAAUUCUUCUUUCAAGCUAAGCCGGUCAGGCCGGAGAAUGAGAUAGUUGAGGAGCCAGAUGUGGUGUAUUAUUUGAAUUAA